AUGCCUCCCUUAAAGGAUUCAUCCAUAGAGGUCACUUCCAAAGAGGGGCCUGCUGACUUUCAUGUCAUGAUGCAAGAGGGCGUAAAAGCGUUGACAAAUAUUCUAACUGCUCAUUUACAAGACAACCCUGAAGUUGUAGACCAACAAUCAGGAUUGAAAGGUGAUUCAUCGAAGGUAACAAAUGCGUUAAGGUUCCAUGAAGUCGGUAGUGGUGCUGCAACUGGUGUAUUUGGCGCUUCUGAGAGUGGGGGAGAAGAUCAGCGUUUCGGCACACCGGGGCGUGAUGAGGGAACUAGUUGUAACACCUAUGAAGGCAUCAAGCUUCACGAGCACAAAGCGAAGCCAUCAAAGAGCUCGGGUCGGCAUGCCACUAAAACCAGUGGAAGCUUACCUCAGAACCAGCAAUCUGCUGUGGUGAAGACUUCCAAUGCCGAAGCGUUGGCCGAAAACUAUUCCGACGAGGAAGGAGAAAUAGUGUUUGACUGUGGCGAACAAGAUCUGAUGUCGAUGCCUGGCGAUUUUGGCGAAAAUCUGAAGAAAAUGGUAGCGUCCCGAAUUGCUCAACAGAACGCAGACUCGAACCAGCACCAAAACAUAGACAUAAAUUUUGACUUAGACGUUGAUGUUGACGUGAACAUCCAAUCUCCGCCAACUUCGGCACAACAUGGAGACCUCAGGGCUCGUGAAACCUGUCGUAAUCACCGCAAUCGAGAAGAAUUUGAAUAUCCACGCCUCCCUAAGUCACCGCCAGAUUUUACGCAGCUUAUCACCAGCGACAAACCACUAUGCAUGUUCUGCGAGUAUUAUUCGGUCUUCGGAGAGCCCCCAAAAAACAUGAUUCGAUGGUUCCAGAGAGAACGCGCACAAGCCUCCAGCCUCUAA